AUGGAGGAGUUCAAGACGCAGAAACAGAGUAGCCGUAACGCAGGCAAAUGGUCCCACUGCGUCCUCUCGAUUCACUCCCAGCUGGGAGUAGCCGCCAUCACUGACUGCGACAAUGCGGAUGGCGGGUUUUACCAGUGCAUGCGCGUCGCCAAUGUGCAGAUUUGGCCGCAAUACAGUAAGAAGCACAUCAAAGAGAAAUUCGUGUCGAUGGAGGCGAUGCUGACGGUGCGCGUGAAAGGAAUCCCUGCAAAAGUGGGGGUGCGUGAGGCGCCCAGCGCUACAGGUCCUACAAAGAUCUACAGCUAUACGAUGAGGGGACCCGAGGCAAAGAAGCGCACGUGGAUGCUGCGCUUCGGCAAGUACGAAGACUUUGAAGGCGCCAUGAAUCUUUUCCAAGCCAUGAAAGUCAGUGACCUCCAUUUGUCUGUAACAAAGCGCGUGGAGGGGCGGCAGCAGACGAAGGAAGUUGAGGAGGGGACCGUGGAAGUCGAUCUUUUGGAGUUAGCUCCACGCACGAUAAUCUACGGCAACCUGAACGAAGGGCUUGCACCAAUUCGCGCAGAGUGGCAACAGAAACAGCUCAAGGGGAGCAGGCCCAAGUCUGAUCGUUAG